AUGUCACAUUUUAAUGCUCUCGCAGCAGCGGCGGCAGCAUCCGGAAGGAGUCCAUUUUCAACAGUUUAUCCCUCGGGAGGAUGGAGAUUUCAUCAACCCAACCACCCAUCAUCAAUGAUACAAUUAAACGGAAACGAAGAAAGACAAAGUCCGACAGGCGAUUCAACGACUACAAACGAGGAUCAACAAAGUCCACCGAAUUCACCACCACCACCACCACCAUCGUCGUCGUCUACGAAUAAUCAAAAAAUAAUAAUAAGAAAUUCACCAUUGAUUGUCGAUGGUGGUAGGAGUCCGAGUCCAUCAAAUUCUCCACCGACAAAUUUUACCGGAAGUAAUACAACCGGUUACGUUAAUUCGACACAUUUACCAACAAUAAUACAUCAUCAUCAUCAUCACUCUACUCCAACAUUUCCAUCACAUCCUUUUGAUAAUUAUCAUCACGGUAUUGGUGGUCUCGGUGGUCUGGGUGGUAUCGGUGGUAUAAGUAAAAUAAGUCAAAAUAAUAAAAUCGAUAAGAUAAAUCAAAAUACGGGAAAUGCUGAAAAUAUGAUAUUGGAUGAUUCGUCCGACAUUGAUGAUGAUGAUGAUUUUAAUUUAAAAGACGAUGAUAAAAAAGAUGAUAAUAAUACAUCUUCGAAUAUGGAUCCGAAUGGAAAAAGAAAGAAAAAAACGAGAACGGUAUUUUCGAGAUCUCAAGUUUUCCAAUUGGAAAGUACUUUCGACAUGAAAAGAUAUUUAUCGAGUUCGGAAAGAGCGGGAUUGGCUGCUAGUCUGCACCUGACGGAAACACAAGUUAAAAUUUGGUUUCAAAAUCGUAGGAAUAAAUGGAAGAGACAAUUGGCUGCAGAAUUGGAAGCUGCUAAUAUGGCACAUGCUGCCCAAAGGCUUGUUAGAGUACCCAUUUUAUAUCACGAAGCCGCGGGUGGUCUAAUACAUCAUUCUCAUCAUAUCGCACCUACCGAAUCCGGUACGAACGGUAAUAAUUCCGUUUAUCCCGGAUUGUAUUAUCAUCAUACCCCAACGAGUUUACCACCGAGUCCUGUAACGACGACUCGACCACCACUUUCUGGCUUGGUAUAA